AUAUAUAUAUAUAUAGAAAGAAAUAUGUUAUAUUUACUAUGAAAUCGAGGGACAUGAAAGCGAUACCCAGAAUAAUAAUCGUUGUAAAUAAAUGCUGCCAAUUCGAUGACACUGCGACCUAAAACCGCAACUGAGAUGCAUAGAACGCACAACAGCAAUAAGAGAAAUCCACAACACAUGAAGAAAAAGUUCACAUUUCCCGCGACAGCUGCGCCUGCGCCUUGAAAAAUAAUAAAUAGCAAAAAUUGGAGCCGCCAGAAGAGCAUUAUAUAUAUAUAUAUAAUAUAUAUAUAUAUAUAUAUGUAUAUAUAUAUAUAGGGCAGAUCCAGCAACGUACCACCACAGCACAGGCCAAAAAAGCGUGCAGAGGGAAAUGAGAUGAAGUGGUUUCAAGUGACCAUAGAUAUGAUUCUUGUGCUUUCAUUUAUAUCAAGCAGCACAGCGAAUCCGGAUGCGAAGCGAUUGUACGACGAUUUGCUGAGCAACUACAACAAACUGGUCCGCCCGGUGGUCAAUGUGACAGAUGCCCUUACCGUGCGCAUCAAGCUGAAGCUAUCGCAACUGAUCGAUGUCAACCUGAAGAACCAGAUCAUGACCACCAACCUGUGGGUGGAGCAGUCCUGGUACGACUACAAGCUCAAGUGGGAGCCCAAGGAGUACGGCGGCGUCGAGAUGCUCCACGUUCCCUCCGAUCACAUCUGGCGUCCGGACAUCGUCCUCUAUAACAACGCCGACGGCAACUUCGAGGUGACGCUGGCCACGAAGGCCACGCUCAAUUACACAGGACGUGUCGAGUGGCGACCGCCAGCCAUUUACAAGAGCUCCUGCGAGAUCGACGUGGAGUACUUCCCCUUCGACGAGCAGACCUGCGUCAUGAAGUUCGGCAGCUGGACCUACGACGGCUUUCAGGUGGAUCUGCGGCACAUCGACGAGCUGAACGGCACCAACGUCGUGGAGGUGGGCGUGGAUCUGUCCGAGUUCUACACGUCCGUCGAAUGGGAUAUCCUCGAAGUUCCUGCAGUGCGGAAUGAGAAGUUCUAUACGUGCUGCGAUGAGCCAUAUCUGGACAUCACCUUCAACAUUACGAUGCGCCGCAAGACCCUCUUCUACACGGUCAACCUGAUCAUCCCCUGCAUGGGCAUCAGCUUCCUCACCAUCCUCGUGUUCUAUCUGCCAUCGGACAGUGGCGAAAAGGUCUCAUUAAGCAUAUCCAUUCUGCUGUCGCUCACUGUGUUCUUCCUGCUACUUGCGGAAAUCAUUCCGCCCACAUCGCUGGUGGUGCCACUGCUGGGAAAGUUCGUGCUCUUCACCAUGAUACUGGAUACCUUCAGCAUAUGUGUCACGGUGCUGGUGCUGAACAUCCACUUCCGGUCGCCGCAGACGCACACGAUGGCUCCUUGGGUGCGGACCGUGUUCAUCAACCAGCUGCCCCGCUUCCUGGUCAUGCGGCGUCCGCUUUAUCCGAUCAGCGAGAUGAUAAAAUCCUCGCGCCGGCUGAUGGUGCGCACCUGCAACGGACUCGAACUGAGGGAUCAAAUACCACCGCUGCCACCGCCGGUGGCCUUGUCUCGGAUGCACCACAGCCCAAAGACGACUUCGCGGAGCACCUCACCGCACUUACAGCACCGCGUGCAGACCUACAACCUGAUGGACGAGUGCGGCAUGGGCAUGGGUGGCAUGGGGGGAGGACUGGGAGGGGGAGGCGCCUCCACCAUCACCGGCCAUCUGAGCUCCCUGUAUCCGCCGACCAUGUCCACGGCCAACCAGCAGACCUCGACCACAUCCUCGCUGAUCGACGCCCAGUACCACAAUCAGUACCAGCAGACGGGCGGCUCGCUGCUCGAUCACCCACUCACGCCCACCAAGUUCCGCCAGAUGACCUCGACCUCCAGCCAGACGGGUCAGAAUGGGAAUGGCAAUGGAAAUGGGAAUGGGAACGGUGGUGCUGGCGGGGGUUAUGGGUCAGGGGGAGGCGGCGGCAGCGGGGGUCACCUGUACCGCCAGCAGUCGAGCUGCUCAGCCAACUUCUCGCCGCUGCCGCAGCACGCCUACCAGGCGCACGCCUCCACCACCACCAGCGACCUCGGCAUGGCCAAUCCGAAUGUGAUAAAGUCGACGACGACGGUUAACUCGGUGGCCACCGCCUCGACCCUGGCAGACUCCUGCUGCAGCGGUACCAUCCAGAUCCACCAGGGCAUGGGCGCCGGGGCCGCUUGUCAGUCGUCGGAGCUGCUGCACCACCAGCAGCUGCACCACCACCAGCAGCAGCAGCAGUACCAGCACCACCAGCGACCCAGCACUUCAGCGGCAGCGGCGGCGGCCUCCGGCGGACCCAGCACCUCGGCAGCGGCAGCAGCGGCGGCCGCCGGAACGCCACCACCCCCACCGCCGCCGGCGGGCGUCUGUGAUAUUCUGCCCGCCUGCCAGCGCGAGGGCGGGCCGCACUGCUGCUCUGGGCGUGGCAAUGUGCGCCAGCGGUGGCACACCUGCCCCGAACUCCACAAGGCCAUGGACGGGGUCACCUACAUCGCUGAUCAGACGCGCAAGGAGGAGGAGAGCACAAGAGUGAAAGAGGACUGGAAGUACGUGGCCAUGGUGCUCGACCGCCUGUUCCUGUGGAUCUUCACAAUAGCCGUGGUCGUCGGCACCGCCGGCAUUAUCCUGCAGGCUCCGACGCUCUACGACACCCGGAUGCCCAUCGACAUCAAGCUAUCGGAGAUCGCCUCGACGACGGCCAAGCCCAAUGUGGCCAGGCCAGUGUUGUAAGCGGAUCGAUAGGUCGAUAAGUUGACAGUUCGAUAAGUUGAUGAGUCGGUGGCCCGAUCGAUAUCGCAGUGUUCCGGGAAACUCACACCACACACAGUCUGAAGAAGCCAACAAAAGCAAAACACAAGUAAUGAAUGAAAUUCGCAUUUGUUUUUUCUUUAACAACAAACAAGAGAAGGGGUAAACAAAAAAUAACCACUAAACUUGUUCAAAAAAAAAAUAACAGAAACGAGAAACGACGACGAGAAACCAAGUAACUAUAACUAUAAAAUUGUAUUUGUUGUAUACAUAAAAGGUAUAACUAACUAUAAAUAAUUUGUACACUAAUGUUUAAACAGGCAAACGAUGCUAAACGAAGCGGUUUUUUUUCUAGGCAAAGUAAAUAAACAGAGACAAAAAACAAAAACAAAAAAAAAUAAUUAAGUAAAACCAAUUCAACUGAAACGAAGCGCAAAAUAGUAUGCAACAGAUAAUUAAAUACGAUUUAUGGUAAUAAUUGAGAGCGAAAUUAAAUUAGUGAAAUCAAAUUAGCCUAGCCAAACAUCAAGAAUAACGAAAUAAAACAACAAAAAAACAGUGUGUUUGUUGAACAAGAAAACGAUGAGAAGGAGAACAACAUUAGUUAGCUAAGCGAACCAAAAUAAAGGAACAGGAAAGAAGCCGACAAAAAAGGCAAAUAUAUAUGUAUAUGUAUGUGUACACUGAGAGAAAAGCGGAUAAAAACAAGAGAAAAUGUUUGAUUUAAGAAAGCUAUCUUCUUCAAGACCCAUGUCCUUUAAAUAAUAUUCGCCUUGCCGAUGAAAUCCACUUCUGAUUAGGAAAAUAAAAGACAUCAAAAUUUUUGAUGCAAACAUACUAAAAUCCAUUUUGAGCAAUUCAUCCAUAAUUUUUUUAUAUUUUAAGAAAUGUUUAAAUCUAAAGUGGAACUCUUUUUAAAAGUAAUUUAUUUGGCUUCUGUUGUUCACAUCUGUUAUUUACCAUUCAAUUUAAUUCUAAAUAAUGUUUCAACAAUAAACUACGUUUCAGCUAACCCAUACUGUUUUCGGGAUACUUGACAUGAAGAAUGCUUUCUUAAAUUAUGAACAAUUACGCCUAAUUUUUUUUCUCCGCGUGCAUGAGUGUGUGUCGCCGAUGUGUGUGGCUGCAAAUGAGGCAUGCAAAUUAGUGAAAAUAAACCGAGGAAAACUAAGGGGAAGAGAAUGGGGGAAGUGCAGCACCAAACCCCCGGAAAAGCCAAAAAACCCCCCUCCACGAUUUCGCCUUGGGGCAAUUAGUUAGCACAAAGCUUUAGUUAUUAUGCCCAAGUGUACGUGGGCCUGUAUGCGUGUUGGUGCGAGCGCAUGUGUGUGCAUAGUAAAUAAUCACCAUUAGAAAUUCAAAUUCAAUUUUGGCGCUUGCACUGCCUAAUUGGCAAAAACGCGUCCAAGUUGCUCACGUUUCUUUUUGCCGCCCAAUUAACAUUUCCCACGCUCGCCACGCUCAUAAUUUAUGAUAAUUUUCAGUUGCAUAAUUCACGAAAAACGAUAAAAAAAAAUAAACUCAAAAGUUAGUGGAGCUACCUGCAAAAUAAAAUAAGUCUCCCUCGCCUUCUCAUUUUUGCUGGUGUUAUAUGGCGAUUGCUUUAUUUGCAGCACCGUUUAUUUGCCUUACACUUUUUAUUGCUCAUAAAAUCAAAUGAUGCCUGAUUAGGAGAAGCCAACAAAAAAAAACAGAAAGGACAUUGACAGCAGGGGAAUCCCCCCCUUUUUUCAGACAAAACAAAAAAAGAAAGUUUUAAAAUGUACGCAGUUGGCCUGUCUAACAUAUUUCUGUUAGCCGAGGGAAAUUUUUACAGCCGACAGGCGACCAAUUUUUCAUUUGAUUUUGCGGGACCACAAAAGGGAAAUAUUUUUUAUUGUCAUUCAACUUACCAUGUAAACUUUAAAUUUCAAAUAGAUUUCCAUUAAAAAAAUUAAAAAAAUCAACAAGUUCUUUUAAUUUAAUUAGCACAAUAAAAUCAAGCUUAUAUUUAUUAUUAAAAACAAUUUUCUAUUGCUAUUAAUGUUCUCUU